AUGAUAGCACGUAUCUGUUUUUACAUAUUUAUCUCACUUCUAGGAACAGCUUGCAUUUUAGUUAUCUUAACAAUAACUAAUUUUCCAACACUUCAACAACGAUAUGAACAUACUGGGCAUUGGGUUUGUGGUAAUGGUGAAAAUGAACAAUUAUCUGCCGUAUCUGCUAGUUAUAGAUGUCCUAAAGCUAAAGAAAAUUUAAAUCAAUGUUGUAAGUAUCAUGAUGAAUGUUAUCAUAAUCAAGUUGGAAGACAUUUUUGUGAUUUAAGUUUUUGUAAAUGUCUUCUAGCUAAUUUAGAGUAUUCUAACAGUUCAAAUGAUAAUAAUUGUAUCUCAACAGCUAAAGUAUAUUGUAAUUUUGUUACAGUUAUGGGUAUAUUUCCCUACACAGAUUCUAUGUGGUAUGAAGAGGAAGGUGAAAAAUAUAAAAUUAUCCAUCAAUUAUCAAUAUUAUCGAGUAUUAAAAAUUUUUUUAAAUCUUUGUUUAAUAAUAGAUAA